AUGGUCAAGACUUCACAGAGGAAGCAACGUGAUUGUAGAAACCAAUCCAAAGCUGGCUUAAGCACCUCCAUCCCUCUGAGAAUGUCGUACAUAUUCAAGAGGCUGGUUGCUAGAAUCACAUCCUAUCCUGGCAAUGAGAUCAGAUGCCAUCAAUGGGAGGAAACUUUGGAUAAGCCCCAGCAAGUGCUCUGGCAGAAGAGACUGCAUGGAUUCCAGGUGUUCAGUGGAACCAGAGAACCCUUAAGUACUUUGGAUCUUGCCAAAGCCUUGCAAAAACUUGCAACUAGUUGCACAGGUGAAUCUCUGCCAGGAGUUCUCACAGGUGGUCUGAACUCCAGCCCCAGGCCCACCCCUGCCCAGUCUUCAGAUUUGGCAGAGAUGAUUCCAGGAGCUGGUCUGGGUAUCUCACAGCUCCUCUGCAAACAAUUUCCGGUGACUGAGGAAGAUAUCAGGAAACAGAAAGUGAAGAUGGCAAGAGAGAGCCUGAGGAUAGCAUUGAUUGCAGACAGGCUAGCUAUUAAGGCAGAAAAAGUGAGGGGCUAAGAAGGAUGUCCUGACAAACACUGUUGAAAAAAAAGAGAAAAUGGUGCAGAUGAAAUGGUACACCACAGCACUUUAUUAAUGACUCUCUGGAGUGUCUGUAAGUUUUUCUUGCUUUGAGCUUUUGAAACUUUAAAAUAAACCAAUACUUUUCUCUCAUUAAAUUCUUUUGUGUGGCAUAGAAAAUAUAGACAGUGAUCUAUUUAUAUUUGUUUGUUUGUUUU